CAGAAAUUAUUUCACAGUAGCCCAUGCCCUGGAAAGAACUUCAUCUGUAAGGUAGGCUACGCAGAUAAGUGCUACCGAUGGGUUUGCCGUGAUGGUUUCAAAGGCGAAAACUGCGACGAAGGUAUGGCUCAUCAGAUUGAAUUUGUUGUUUUCUAUGUCAGCAUGUGUUAGCACAUUGUUUGGCUCACAACGCGGACAUCCAGUUAGUUUGCUCAACCACCUUCAUGCGCUAGGAUUUUAAAGAAUUGUUUUCAUUCUCCUAUUCAAUUUAUUAUUUUCCCAACGUUUAGGGGCUUUCAUGGUGGCCCGAUACUGCCUGACAUGGCAGAGUCGUCAAACAUAUGGAGCUUUACUUCAGGGUACAUUUGCCACCCUGCAUUUUACCCUCAACUUGACGUGACAACUGUCUGCUGGGCUGCCUAUGCUUGUCUGCGGAUCCCCCAGUCCAACCUUAUAAUGGCAUAUUCCUGAAAACAAUCCCUUAUUAUGUUAGAUUUAGAACAACCUCCAUCCUUAUUAAAGCUUUUAAACAUCCUGUUUUCGACAUUUCUUUCUGAUUCAUCCACGUAGACAUUAAUGAAUGUAAGGACGGAUUACACAACUGUGGCGAUGUGUCCAAUUGUGAGAAUACCAAUGGCUCUUUCAAUUGCAUUUGCAAAAUUGGUACAAAAUACAAUGGUAAGUGAUACUGACAUGAAUUAUAGCAGAGACCUAAAAAUAAAGUUUACCUCCUCGUAAACUUUCUUCAAGGCUUUGGCCCAUUUCUUGGCAUGGUUUCAGGAUAUAAACGGACGUCAUUUUUUCGUGCAAAAUCUCCUCAAAAGGUAGACAACAUCCAUCGAGUACUGAUUCAUUGUCUGACUCUUGUGUUUUCUCCCAUUCUUUCGUUCAGUUUAAGUAACAAAUUCAGCUAUCUAGUCUUCGGAUAGCGCUGAACGUCAUAGUUAUAACAUGUCAGGGGCACCCAACGAAUGGGCGCGCCACUUAAUCAUUACUGAACAAAACGAAAAAUUGAUUCUACAGUUCUUCAGAGCCCUGGUUCUCCGGGCCAUUCAAUCGUAAUUGAACAGAACACAAUCGAUUUAUGGAGUUUCCAGGCCGCUGGAUGCUAAGACCGUCGGCUAUUCUGUGGACUUCUCGGGCCACUAAGUCAGAGUUUAACAAAACAUACUCGUCCAGUCGACAGCUCUCUUCGCUCUGAGUUGUAUAAGCGCAAAUCCACCCUUGAAAAAUAAUAACACGAGAAAGAAACAUGCAAAUGAAAAACAUCCAUAAGAUAGAACGCAAGUAGGCGGGUGAGAGACAAUGGAACUAAUAAGCCAUUUCAAACUGCGCAACAGGCAAUAAACAAAUAAAAAAAGGAGGCGACAAAAGAAAAAUAACAGCAAGGUAAUGGCAGAAAUAGCAAGCAAAACGCUAAAUAUCCGAAACUGACAAGGCUAGCUUGAAACCUAUUUGAUGAAAACAACUGCAUUAAGGUGACUCGACCCAGUUUCUUGGGGGGGUGUGCCAUCCUACUUUGAAGCUCUCUGGUAUCCCCACCUUUACUUUUAUCUUAAGUCUAACACAUAGAAUGGAUAACAUAUAGAUCAAUCUACAAUACAACAUAAAAUUUUUGGCGAUCGGAGUAAAUGUCACGUGGUUAUGAUGCCACGUUCCUUUGAGGUCUGAGUCGAAAAUCUGCUGUUGUCCGCAUUUUUUCGUGAAAAUCUCUCGGCUACACAUAGUGCGCUUUAGUGCCUUGCGCUGAACAGAGUUUCACCAAAAUCGCAAAGACCUAAUUCGAGAAAUUCAGCGGUUACCAAAUUUAGGUCAUAAUAUAUGCGGAAAUGAUAAGCAAACUUUACACGAUUACAUCUCAUAAACUAUGAGAUUUAUCCCUUUAUUUUGGGCAUCGUUAUAACAGAUGGGUCCUUGCAAGUCAGCAAAACGCUUUAGGGCCUUGUAAAUGCGCGCGAUUUCGAGCAAAGCAAAUAUAUAUAAAUUAUAGUUUUCGCUAUUUGUUGACGUUUGUCAGCGUUUAAGAGUCCUUCUUACGAAAAAAGAAUUUUCUUAAAAAUUCGUCGUUUUUUUUCCUUCAAAUUUUUUCAGGGCCACAAUUGAUUAACUAACUACCCGGACUCUGAAUUUCAUGGUCAUUGAAAAACUGUGACAUUAUCUUCUAUAAGCCCAAACUUGAGUAAACAUUGAAGAUUUUUAGCGUUUUGGCUGAGUUUGUGUUUUGGGAGUUGCCUAUUGUUUCUAGUCUGUCAUUAUACAGCAUUCUUGUUCAGCACGCGUGCAAUGACCGCCCUUGGCUGCCUUCCGAAUGAGCAGUUCUAACACGAAGUAAUUUAAGUAAUUACUUAUUUCCCGCGUCACGGUCCAAUUAUGAGGGUCUCAAUGGGGUUAACCGAUGGGCGUAAAGCGGCCAAAAAUUUAGUCCAUGCCGUAAAUAGGGUAAAAAAGAGUUAAUCGUAAAAGAAAUGAAAAAAAGAGAGAAGGUGAUAAAUUCAGUUAUGGCUGCGUUGUUUAUUUCCCGGCUACUUUGACUCCGUACGCACGUUAGGCCAAGCUCCUUUUAGGUGUUAACCUAGACCUAGGCUCUAUUUCCGCUGCUCACUCGAAGAACCAAGUUUUUUUUUUCCCAUAAAUACUAGUAAAACAACGCGCAGAGAUGUCACUGUUUGUAAAACACUUUGCCGAUAAACAACAAUUCCCUGUUUCAGUCUCUGACACUACGGUAGACAUUGCCAUGCCUAAUCCCUGUACAGCGUCUUCCCUCGCAAUCUUGGUCGAGGCAUUUCGGUGGCAUACCUGAGGAGAAAAAAAAAAAACUCGGUCGGACCACGUGACCCGGAAUGCAUUAGCCGCGCGGAAUAAUGAGGCCUAAGGACAAGUCAACGGCAGACAGUCGUUCUGUGCAGUCUUUUCUCUGUCAUUAAAAACACCGGACACGAGAAUUUUGUUGUUGGCCGUUUUCACACUAGAGCUAGAGAUGGAUUUUCCGUCUGAGACUAGCUUCUGUACUGUCGCCCCCUCCCCCACAGACACCCCUUCUCCGAUUUCUUCUGAGGUGAGGGGUCGGCUGUACACGGGCUAUCUGGAAUGGUUAAUCCAUCUUCAAACUGUCCGUCAAAAUUGACGGAUUAAAGUCAGGUGGAUUGUUCAUUCGAUCAAAUUAAGACGUAUUACCUAUCUGACGCGAAUUAUCAAACGGAUAACCCGUCACGGCACUGCAAUGAUCCGUCUCUAGCGUGAAAACGUCCAUUUCUGUUGUAAAUGAAUACCGCGCCCCCGCCUUGAGUUAAGCGUUCGUGUGUCUGCUUUUGCUUUUUGACAAAUAUUAUUUUUAUAUUCACUAUCGACAUUUUUUACGCGUAAAAUAAUAUUAGAAGUGGAAUACUUUAUAAAAAGUAUGAUCUAUCAAAUGUUAAAAUUUUACAAAAGAAUGGCUUAUUUCAUCCCAAGAUGAUCCUAAGACCUUUAUUUUGCUUUAAAGUUACUAGAAAUACAGGUUUAUUAAUAUUUAACUCUUUGAGACAAAAGGAAUUAGUUUUUAACUUUUUUGUUAACCGUAACUGAAAAAAAAAAACAUAACCGAUAGCAGUAAAAGAGCCGAAACUUUAGCCAAUAACCGUAAAAGCCACCACCCCAUUGAGACCCUCAAUUAUGUAUGCAGUUAGAAUAGUAUUAACGUUAUCUUGUAGACGGCAUAACAGGCAAUCUAUUUAAGAGAACUAUUAAGGGUAAAAACUUUACUUUUCAAAUUAUCGUAAGGUAAGGAACAUCCUGGGGAAACUGCAGGGGGGUUCAACCAUCCCCCCCUUGAACCACGGUGAGAGGUGGGGGUAUGCGUUUGCAUGAACGUUCGAGGGUUAAGAAACAGCAAUUUAUAUGCAUCUAUAAACAUUUUUCUUUAUAAUUUGUUUUCUUUGCUUUUCUUUUAAUUGAUUCAGCAUCGUGUGAAUCGCAAUGGACAUGUUUUGGGUCUUCGUGUUAUAAACUGCACACAUCGCGCGAGAACUGGAACAAUGCGAAAGUGAACUGCCAAAAUGUUGGU